AAGGAAGUAAGGAGUCGUAGCCAGGACACCGAGAUGAAGUUUGGGGUUGUAGGAACAAUGUUGGUGGUGGUGGGAGCCGCAUGCUUGGUUCACGCCAAGGAACCUGAACAUUCAGCUAUAGCCGGUGAUGUAAACGACCUGGUGGAGAUGGUACCAUGUGAUCAGCUCGCUGCUCUCUUCUUUGAGUACCUGUCCUCAGACGUACAAGUGAACAAAGUCCUACAUUACCUCACUGGCGACAGCUUCAAGUCCAACCUUGUUCAGUUCGAAACAUCCUCGGCAUUUCAUGAGGCGUACGAUUCCCUGAUGCCGAUGGGCUUGGACAUGUACUCGUGGACCAACGAGCUCAACAGACUACUGGACAUCGCCCAGAUCCGGCCGGUGAGACAGCGCCGCUCGCCUGGAGACGGCGUCUACGGCUUACUCAAGGAUGCCCUGGCCUUACUGCCACUCGCAGAUAUCAAGGAAAAUUACAACCACAAGCUCGACACUAACCCGGAGUUCGAAAAAGUAAUGGACAGACUACUGACUGUGGAAAUGAGGAACCACUUGUACACUUUGAUGAGUACGCCACAGUUUGAGGACACAGCACGACACCUCAGUGACCUGGGAGUUCCUGUCAGUGAGAUUGUGGAUAUGAUUGAAGAGCAAGUGGUAGACUUCUUUGAUCUGGAUUCAAAGGAAGAAGAUGAUGAAGAUGUGGAUGAGUGACUAAUGUGUAAUAUUAGAUUAACAAAUUAACUUAAUAAAUUAUUUGAAUAAACUUGAUUGUUUGUAA